GUACUGCAGGGACGUCCAGAUCAGCUUCAUUGAAAGGAUCCAGGCAGCCAAGCAUUGGACAUCGGCCGCCAUCAUCCAAUUGCUACAGAAAGUAGAAGAGAUGGAAUUGCCCAAGGACAUGAAGGAGAACAUCCAGGGAGCCAUCGAGAAGUGCCAGGCGAACGAGGGCACCCACCUCAAGCUCACCACAGCAGGGCAGAAGAUCCACCAUGUCCCAGGCUACCUGACCCAAGCCGAGUGGACACUUCUGGAAUCCACCCAGUCCAACGAUGACAUGAUGCAGGUCCUGGCCAAGAGGCUCAGGGCCAUGGGCCUUUCGUCGCUGAAAGAGUCGACCAUCCACCAGGUGCUGGCCACCAUCCUGUACGUCCAACACUCCCAAGGCAGGACGGAGCUGCACCCCAGAGCCGUCCAUGCCAUGGUCGAGGACUUCAGUGCCAUUUUCCAUGGCACAGCGAAGACCACAACGACUGGAUUGGCCAACUAUCCGGAAAAUCCCAAGCAAAAUGGCCAAGCCUGGUUGGCCCAGGCUUACGGUGAGGGUACAGGUCCAGCCUGUCGUUCUCUGCCACUGCAUGCAUGGAUGAAAAAGGUGCCCAUGCGGAAGAACCAUUACCUGCUGCAGGAGGAACGCUUCCCAUGCAAGACCAGGUCUGAAGACAGCUGGGCCCAGGCCGCACGGCUGCUGAGCGACUUGGCCAAGCGGCACAUGGCAGGGCCAGCUGAGCCACAAAUUACCAUGCUUCAGCCUUCUCGCGUGGCCAUCCCGGCAGCCCAGACCAUGGAAUCGGGCCAGCCCACCCAGCCACCAGUGGAGACUUCCGUGGUUGUCAUGGAGCCAGAAGGCACCCAAGCAGGGGAUUUCGAGGACCAGGCUUUCCAGGCACUCAAGCAGAAGAAGAAAAACACCAAGGCCAAGGCCCAGGCGAAGGCCAAGGCCACUGUCAAGACAAAGGCGGCUGCGGGCAAUGCCGGGACCCAACGUACACGGGUCUGCGAUUGCCAGGCGAACCUCCUCGACAUGGUACACCAAGGCACCAUGUUUGGAGCUACUACCCGGGCCAAGCUUUUGGAGGCUGCAGAGACUGCCAUGGAGUGCUUCCACUAUGCGGAGUUCCAAGUGCCUCUCAUGAAGAAGCGGCACUGGCUUCUGCACAUGCCAGAUUUCCUCCAAAAGCAUGGGACGUUGCCAUCGACAUUUACCACGGAAAGGAAACACAAAACCAUUUCAGCCUAUGCAACCAGAUUACAGAAAACCGGUGCCUUUGAACGUAAUCUGAUGGACCAGGUCGUGGCCAUGGAGAUCACCACUCUGAGGGAACCAGGUCUGUUUCCCGAAACUUGCCAGUUGGUGAAACCCCACAAACCCACGAAAAAACAGCUGCAGCUCCUCCGCCACUUCCUGGAUGGCCCAGCAAAUGAAGCCAUGGUUGCUUCGAGCGCCAAGCUCGCCAGGGGUGGCACCAUUCACUGCAACGACGUGGUGGUCUUCCACCACGAGGACGGACUUUGGGAACUUGGCCAAGUCUGGUUCCAUCUGGACUUGGGACUGCAGAAGGUCGCACUGCUCCAACGUUGGGUUCCCACGGUGAACAAAGAAUCCCAUUCUGCCAAGUGCUCCAUCAGCAAUGAGCAAGGUUUCGUUCCCAUCGAGUCCAUCCAGUACCCACUGGUGUAUAGCAAGGUCUCAGACGAAGAGGAUCCGUGCACCACGUGCGACGAGAGGCAGACGAAGCAGAGGCUGAAGAAGGAGAAGAAGGAAAAGAAGAGAGAGAAGAAGGAGAAGAAAGAAAGGAAGCGAAGAGCCAAGAAGGCGGUCAUCCAGGAGCUCCGGGCGCAGCUCCAGCAGUCUGCUGAGCUGCAGCAAGCGCAGCUGGGCCAGCAGGCUCAGCAGAUUCAGGCGCUGCAGGCGCCGGCUUCGAGCUCUUCGCCUUUCUCUUUGCUGCCCUGGUGUAGGAUGUCAGGUGGCGGGAUCAUCAUGGACGCAAGCCUUUCUCCGCAAGGCCGAGACCUCGAGCGCAGGGUCGUGGAACAGGACCCUGGAUCCAGCGGAGAAGGGCCUGAUUACUAUACCCUGGAUAAGCUGCACAAUGCUGGCGAAUCAGAAGGGCUGGAGGCCUUUCGCCACCUUUACCUGGAGUACAACCCGAAGCUUUCUUCGAGGUAUGUGGGUUUGCUCCUGGAGAUCCUGAGGUACAAGUUCGAGGCGGACCUGGUUUCAUGCGUGGAGGCCUUCGAGAGGAAGGUCCGGGAGUAUGAGAAGCAGUCUGGGAAGGACGUGGACGAUGACACGGUCAUCGGCAUCGUCAUUCUUCGGAUGACGGAGCAUGCUGUGAAGGAGCACCUGGUGAGGCACACGAGCCGGCUGGACGCGUGGUCGAAGAUGCGUGCAGAGAUCGUGGAGAUCGCCAGGACGCCGCAGUAUCUGAGGAGCACGCCCCAGGACAUGGAUAUCGGGGCGUUUCCCAAAGGAAAGAAAGGAGACAGAGGAGGUAAAGGAAAGGACAAAGGAAAAGACAGCAAAGGGAAGGACAAAGGAAAAGGCAAAGGGAAGGACAAAGACAAGAGCAACAGUGCAGGAGGAGGCGGUGCUGGGAAAGGCCAGCGCAUUUGCUUCUACUGCAACAAACCGGGGCACACGAAGCAAGAGUGCCGAGAGAGGCUCGCGGACUUGAAGAAGGCCGAGAGCGGAAAAGGAAGGACCGCCGCAGCAGUUCCAGAGAGUAGCGAGCCAGAGGGUGAGUCCGCUGCAGCUUCAACUUUGCGCGUUGCGGUGCCUGAAGCCCUAGGAGAAGCUAUCAACAUGAAGACCAUGAACUUCAGCUAUAGGGAAAGAACGCAGUGCUUGUUAACAAAGCAGGCAGGUGAGCGGCUCAAGGAGCGGCUGGUGGAACUCCCAAGGACUCCUCUGGUCAAGGCCAGCUCCCCGGACGAGCCCUGGGAAGGCGAGAAGGCGGACGCGGUUUUGGGCGACACAGCCAGGUACUGUAUCGACUACUGCUUCUUCACGAAAGCCUUGGGCAAGGACAACGCGGUGCAGAGCAUCGGCGACCUCCAAGAGGCCAGGACGCUUACAGAGGCCAGGCCCGAGUCUAAGACUAAGACCGUGUUGGUUUGCAGGGACCAGAAGUCGGGUGCCUUGUGUGCGGGUGUUGCGAACAGCAAGGGAGCCGAGGAUGCUUACUCUACUGCUUUUGCUUUAGAAGGGCUUAAGUUCUGUGGGCACCCCGACGUGAUGACUGUGAGCACCGAACGCUCUAUUAGGUCGGUAGCAGACCUCCUGGUGAGAAGGUACUUCAAGAAGGCCACAGCGCAACCAACCCCCAAGGGGGACUCCCAAGCAAACGGCGCAGCUGAACGCGCUGUCCUUGAGCUGGGCAACCAGGAUGGCCGGACAGCCUAUGAGCGGCUGAGGGGUCGAACGUACAAGGGUGAGGUUGCUGAGUUCGGAGAGGCUGUUCUGUACAAGAUCUCUAACCAAGAUGCCGUUCCAUCCGCCGACGGGUGGAAGAAGCGAUUCGUGAAGGAGUUCUUGGGCAAGACGGAAACCGGCCGGCAGGAGGCCGAAGAUGGAGGGGAUGUCCCGAUGGAAGCCGGUCACAAGGCUCCUCGGAAGGAAGCGCGCCUCAGCAGAAGGCAGCGGUGGAGCAGUCCAGCCACGCGGCGCUUCAGGUCGCAGCUCGGGACCGAGCACGGCCAAGCGAGAACUGCGCAGCAGGGAGACGAUGAUGGUGUGGUCAUCGCGGGGCUUCCCACACUCCACGAGUGUGCCGUGUACGACGAGAGGACAGGCGAAGCCCUCCACGACGAGGACCAGGUGAAGGAAGGAAGAGCGAAGGAGAUGAAGCAGAUGGAAGCCUUUGGUGUCAAGAGCGACAUCAGCUACCAAGGGGCGAAGGCGAAGGGACUUCGCCUGGUGAGGUCCCGAUGGGUGGACACCGCGAAGGAGAUCAAUGGAAAGCCCGGUGUGAGGAGCCGGCUUGUGGCGCAGGAGGUGAACACCUAUAAGCGGGAGGACGUGUCGAUGGGCACUCCCCCUCUUAGAGUGCAUCGCGCCGUGAUCUCGCACGCCGCGACCGCGAAGCCAGGACAAAGCGUAAGCAAGAAGCUUGUUGCCAGGUACGACGUGAGCGUUGCCUUCUUCCAUGCGGAGAACAGUGCCAUGAAUGGAACGAGAGAAGCCUCAAGACAGUGGGGAACGAAGAUCCGAAAGGUGAAGACAGCCAACGGCUACAGCGAGCUGUUGCUUUGCCCGAACACCUACUACCUUGCAGGUGGUCACGUGGCGCUGUCGUGCCACGGUGACGACUUCUUGGCGAGUGGAGAAGCAAGGGAGCUUGACAAGCUGGACGAGAUCAUGAAGCAGAACUAUGAAGUGAAGGUUCUGCCGAGGAUUGGGGACCCCAAGCAUGGAGGGGAAACCGAUUCUGGUCGGCACUUGGGCAGAGUGAUCAAGUGGACAGGCUCUGGGUUUACAUGGGAAGCAGACCCAAACUACUCGGAGCAGGUCGUGGAGGAGCUAAAGCUCAAAGGGUGCAGGGGUGUAGACGUAGACACACCGUCCUCAAAGGCCACACGAGCAGGAAACAGGCUUGUUGACUGUGAGAUUGAGAAGCAGAGAGCGGAUGUAUUCCGCCGAGUCGAGUGGCAGGCAUCGUCCGUACAUGUCGGUAGACCGCUCAAGAGAGUCGGCAGGUACAUCGCGACGUACCCUGUUGAGAAGUGGCACUUUGAGCUGCAGAAGGCCCCCAGCGUCCUUGAGUCAUUCAGCGAGGCCGAAUUCUAUGCCAUGGUCAAGACGGCAGCGGAAGGAAAGCUCACGCACGCCAUCCUCGAGCACUUUGGGUGGAGGACAAAGCACGCAGUGUUGAGCGACAGCUCCGCUGCAAGAUCGUUGGCGCAGAGGGUAGGAUGUGGAAAAGUGAAGCAUCUGAGCCUCAAGGAGAUGUGGAUACAGCAAGCUGUUCGUGAUAAAGAGCUGUCCAUUGGCAAGGUGGACACAUCAAUGAAUCUUGCCGAUCUUGGCACGAAGGCUCUAGAGGAAAGGGGCAUGGCGGCAGCUGUGUUAGCCUGCUGCGUGUCAGUGGCGCACGCUGUGCAAGAAAAGAGCCGGGAGUCACAAGAUGACUCGGGGGAUCUAGGGGCCCUCAUGGUGUAUUUCUUUGCCAUGGUCGGGUUCUACAAGUUAAACGUAUUGUGUUUGAAGGGCUGGGCUUGGCUGUACGGAAGUGUUGGAACCAGGGGCCUAGGCCCCAGCACAGGGUUAGCCCGCGCAGCCAUGGAUCCUGGCGAGUUUUCUUCGGCAGCAGCCCUCAGUCCGGUGGAGCUGGGCAGAGCGGCAGCUGCAGCCACUGGUGGCGGGAACUCCAAGCUGAGACGCUGUACUGGAAACGAGGAGAAAGUUUCAAGGGAGCGUGCUUCGGCACGCGUUGCAGAGAGCAGUGAGGAAAGCCCUGCAUUUGGACAGAGUUGCGCAGGAAGACUUCGAGUGGUGAGGGCGAGGGACACACUGUCCUUGCUGACGGUGGCAGAGCUGCAGACAGGAGCCAGGCUGGAAGGAGUCCCGGUGACAGGGAUCAAGACUGACCUGGUGGAUCGUCUGGCACCUUGCUUCAUGAAUGGAGGCGAGGAGCAGCCUACGACGAGGCAGCUCAAGUAUGUCCUGUACAUCUACGCAAGACGAGCCCAAUGCAAGAUCAAGUACGAGAGCAUCAGACGCAAGAGCACCGUGUCUGAUUGGAUAGCCAGCUGGAAGGUUUGA